AUGGCCGAUAUCACCGACCAGCACGACCAGACGUCGCCCACCGAGCUCGACGACGCGCAUGCCGUGGGCAACGGCACCGCCAACGAGGGUCGCGGCGUCAAGCGACCGCGCGCCGCUGCCGAGGACGACGAUGACGAUGACGAGAAGGGCGGCCGCGAGCGGCGAAAGAUUGAGAUCAAGUUUAUUAGCGACAAGUCUCGUCGCCACAUCACCUUCUCCAAGCGCAAGGCGGGCAUCAUGAAGAAGGCUUACGAAUUGUCCGUCUUGACGGGCACUCAGGUUCUGCUGCUCGUCGUGUCUGAGACGGGCCUCGUCUAUACAUUUACCACCCCGAAACUGCAGCCGCUUGUAACGAAGGCGGAGGGCAAGAAUCUCAUCCAGGCGUGCCUUAACGCACCCGAGCCUGCGACCGGCAGCGAGAACGGGGUAGACGGCGGUGACCAAGUCGACUCUCCCGAGGAGCCCCCUAGCCAUCUCCCACCCCAAGCCGGCCGUCCAGGCAUCCCUCAGAACCCUCACAUGGGGCCCGGAGGCUACAUGCCCCCAAAUAUCCCAAUGGAUCCUCAGCAGGCCUUGGCCUACCAGAGUUAUGUUCAGCGCAACCAGGGAUACGGCUCUGGUAUGCCUCCUCAGCCU